AUGUAUAACCAGAGCUUUGUCGAUGAGUUCAUCCUCCUGGGGCUUUCACAGAACCCACAAAUUGAGAAAAUAUCAUUUGUUAUAUUUUUAUUGGUCUAUAUUGCAACUCUUGUGGGCAACAUGAUGAUUGUGGUGACCAUUAUCUACAGUCCUGCUCUACUGGGCUCCCCCAUGUACUUCUUCUUGGCAUUCCUGUCCUUCCUGGAUGCUUGUGUCUCCUCUGUUGUCACACCUAAGAUGAUCGUGGACAUGAUUUAUGAGAGGAAGAUCAUCUCUUUUGAAUGCUGUAUGACACAGGUCUUUGCUGUGCACUUUCUUACUGCUGUCGAGGUCAUUGUUCUUGCAGCCAUGGCCUAUGACCGCUAUGUGGCCAUUUGCAAGCCCUUGCACUAUUCUUUCAUCAUGAAUCGGAGGCUCUGUGGCAUUCUGGUUGGGGUAGCCUGGGCUGGCGGAUUCUUGCAUUCUAUCAUACAAAUUGCCUUUACUUUAAAAUUGCCCUUCUGUGGACCCAAUGUUAUUGAUCAUUUCAUAUGUGACUUGUUUCCAUUGCUGAAGCUUGCCUGCACUGAUAUACACAUUUUUAUCAUUUUGGUGUUUGCCAACAGUGGGUCUAUCUGCAUAAUUAUAUUCUCCUUUUUGCUUGUUUCCUAUGGUGUUAUAUUGUUCUCUCUGAGAGCCCACAGUUCAGAAGGGCGUCGUAAGGCUCUUUCUACCUGUGGAUCCCAUAUUACUGUUGUAAUUUUUUUCUUUGUUCCCUGUAUAUUAAUAUAUGCACGGCCUACAUCUGCAUUUUCCUUUGAGAAAAAUGCUGUUGUAUUUACCACAGUGUUGACCCCAUUGCUCAAUUCUAUAGUUUAUACUUUCAGGAAUAAGGAAAUGAUAAAUGCCAUCAGGAAAAUGAAGAAGAGACUUAUAAUGGUUCCUGAUAAAUAUUAA